AUGACGGAUAAAGAUGUGGCUCAAUCCCCAUUGUUACUACCGCCAGAGAAGCGGGCGCGCAUCUGGCUUUGUGAGUUUGUCGACCGUGAGGUGCGCCACUGGGCAACAUACUUGCGGAAUGCCCUCAAGAGACCCAUUAACAAAACGGACACGGACACAGAGGCACGGCGGCAAGAGGAGGAAAGAGUUGAGAAACAGAAGAAACUGGAUAACCUUAUAGACGUCUACCGGCAGCUGAUUAGCAAGGCCAGCUCGCCAACAAGCUCGCUUUCAAAAUGGUGGAUCGAUUUGAGUCUCAGGCUAGUGAAUCUGUUGCGGCUCGGUACAAGAGAAAACAGCCCAUCUCACCCGAGGCGCAGCAAUACGAAAACAGCUUUCAUUACGCUCUGCAUUGGCGGAGCUUGUUCUUCACGAGUGACGGAAUCAUUGGAAUGGGGCCUAGUUGGUUGA